AUGAAGACCGUCUUACUGAUCGUUCUCCUGUUGACGAUGUCUACGACCGCGUUAGAACAACAAAAACAAGCCCGUCAUUAUUGCGGGCGAUUCCUGGCGCUAACGUUGGCUGACUUGUGCUGGGAGUAUAAGCGCAGUGACGAUUCGUACUACGAUGGCAACAACCAGGACUUAACCGAGCCACCGAGCCCUCAGACGGCGGAGCACCGCAUCCAGAAACGAGGUGUUGCUGAUGACUGCUGCCUCCGCGCCUGCACUUUGGAUGUACUGCUUUUAUACUGUUAA